UCACGUUCGAGCGAAGCGAAUGCCCUCGUCAUCGUGUGCGGUUCCUCUUGAAGUUGGAUUUUGUUGCAGUGGGGUGUUAAAAUUAUGUUAAUUUUGAAGUGAACAACAGUAUUGGUGAUGUUGACCUUAGGAUUGUCUUUAGUUCGCCUAAAAACUGUAAAAGAACCUAAAUUCACCGUAGUAAUCCGUCGAAAAUCGAGAAAGCUUCAAACGUGUUUGAAGCUUUCGGUUUCGCAUUAAUGGAACUAUGAACCUGGACCCUUUAACGUUUAGCUUAUUACAAAUCAAUAAUCUCGUUGUUAAUUUAAAUAAGAAGAACUUUAAGCAGACAAGUCAAGAGUUAACGCAGAUUGUCAACACUCAUGGCUUGGAAGCUGAAAAUCAACUGCUGAGGUCAUUGUUCACUGAAGCUGUGAAGGCAUCGUGGGACAACGAUCGCACGGGGACCAUUAGCUUCGGCAUCCACGCAUCUCUUCUUGCUCAGAUUCUUGCCUCUCUCCUCAACCAUCCAGCCAAAUCCACAGUUGUAUGUCGGGCUAUUGAUAACCCUGCUCGGUCUUUGCAAAAGACUCUUAAACCAACAAACACAUUACUUACUCGCCUUGCAAGGCUACUAAAAUUAACGACUGCUCAAGAUGUCGCUUUCUCACUGGUAUUAAGAAGACACUCUUCGAAGCCUGAGAUAGCAACAUUUGCAAAACAACAUCUCAAAAAACGUUUUUUGGAUCUAGUACAGUGUUAUCUCGACGCAGAGCGUGGACACCAAGCGGAGCGUGCAGGUCUUCAGGAAUGCAGCCCUGAAGUUUUGCAAACUCUAUUGACCAGUCUCACUUAUGAUAAUUUUAGAUUAGCAACAGUCACAAAGGAUUUAUUUCUUAAACGAUUACGAGUAGACUUUCCGCGAGAAGUAGUUCCUAUUGUAUUAGCUCCUCUCCUAUAUCCCGACGAUACAAAGACGCCUCUUGAGGAAAUGACAACAGGCAGUGACAUGGCCACAACGAUGAUGGAAAAUUCACUGGCCGAAGUUAUUCGUGAUCUCGGAUAUGCAUUUACAGCCUCAGUGGAAGAAUGCAAAACGCACAUGUUGAACUUUGGUGCACGAGAACCUACAGCUAUUGAUGUGGCAAGAAUCAUAUCACUUAUGGUGAGAUAUCAUGCUACUAUUCCAGAAACUCCACAAAUUCAAAACCCAGGUAAUUUCUGGGUGAACCACGAAGCCAAAAAAGAUGCUAAUCAUGGACAUGGCGAAGCAUGGAAUGCAGAAGUGUUUGUGCAGACAUUAAAAGAGCUUGCUUCUAACUUAAAUUGGAAAGAAGUAAUUCUUCAACUAGAUCACCCCGAAUUUAUUGUUCCCGACAGGCAAGGUUUAAGCUUGCUUUUUACAAUUUUACGCUUGGGUUUACAAAGCGCAGGAUACCCAGCGAAUAUCUUUCCAGUAGAAUAUCUUUGUCGACGAUGGACAAAUUUAGAAGGACAGAUGAGUCUAAUCACAAAUAUUCUCAAAUACCCUGAUGUGUUCAGCCUUGCUGAUUAUCCUUUCCAUCCAGUGUCAAUCGAUUUACUGAAGUCACCUCCAGAAACUGACAACAAAGAAGUAGCAACAUGGCGUUGUCUCUAUUUAGUUGAACUGCUUUUGUAUGCCUCUGAGCGUGGCUACUAUUUACAAGUACAUGAACUUUUUAAGUUUCCAUUGCAACAUUGUCCUGAUAUCUUGCUCUUGGCAUUGCUACAGAUCAGUCCACCUAUCACUGUUUUCAGACAAGAGUUACUGACUACACUAAUACCGAUAUUUUUGGGAAAUCAUCCAAAUUCAGGCAUCAUAUUACAACAUGCAUGGCAUACCCAAAAUCCAAAUAUAAAACCAAUUAUAAUGCACGCUAUGGCAGACUGGUACAUGCGUGGUGAUUGUGAUCAGUCAAAACUAUCAAGAAUAUUGGAUGUUGCUCAGGACCUCAAGGCACUUUCGCUGCUACUGAAUGUCCAGUCUUUCCCAUUUAUCAUUGAUCUGGCAUGCUUAGCAUCUCGGAGAGAAUAUUUAAAACUCGAUAAAUGGCUUACAGACAAAAUACGAGACCAUGGCGAGUCUUUUGUUACUGCUAUGGUUAAAUUUCUACAACGAAGAUGUCCACCAGUCAUUGGCAAAGUACCCGAAGAACAACUUCCUAAGGCAGCUCAACUACCGCCAGAAACAGUCGGCACUAUGUUAGCAUGCCUACAACUUUGCGUACCUAAUGUUCAACAAGAAUUACAGGAAGCAAUUUAUGCACUUAUCACAAAUUGUCAAACAUUAAUACUGAGUAAAACUAGACCAAAUAUUACAGGAAUACCAAGAGCUCACACAAGAGUAAUAGAAACACCCUUCAACCCUGCCGGUUUAGGCGGGCAGCUUUUCACUCCGCAUGUCGAUUCUAUUGCAAGUUUAACUCCUAAUGUAGCAAAUCUGACUCUUGGGGCUCCCGGUAAUACGGCAUUUGCAAUGCCUGGCACCCUUGGACCUUUGGUGACUGCUCCAGGGUCACCGUCUCGUCUCAUUGGUGCGGGUCCGAAUAGCCCCUUCCCUAUGAUACCGAUGCAACAUGGUGCUAAUGUGGCAACUAUGAGUGCUUUAGCCCGGAUGCCACCUGGGCCAGCAAUGGAUAAACACCGUAUACCCGAUCCAAUACAUUUUCCUGAAAUUAUGCAUAAUGUAUCGAAGGAAAUCGAAGAUGAGGCUAAUGGGUAUUUUCAAAGGAUCUAUAAUCAUCCCCCGCAUCCAACUCUGUCCAUUGAUGAAGUGCUUGAUAUGUUGAAGAAAUUUCAAGAUUCGCCUAAUAAAAGAGAACGCGAAGUAUUCUCUUGUAUGUUGCGAAAUUUAUUUGAAGAAUACAAGUUCUUUCCACAGUACCCUGAUAAGGAAUUGCAUAUAACUGCGCAACUAUUUGGUGGUAUCAUCGAAAAGGGCCUAGUUCCAAGUUACGUGUCGCUCGGGCUAGCUUUGAGAUUCGUCUUAGACGCUUUAAGGAAACCGGAGGGUUCUAAAAUGUACUACUUUGGCAUAGCUGCUUUGGACAGGUUUAAAUCCAGGCUUAAAGAUUAUCAUAAAUAUUGUGAACACGUAAGAGCCAUCCCACAUUUUAGUGAAUUCCCUCCUCACUUGAUUGAAUACAUCGAAUAUGGCUUGCAGAGUCAAGAGCCGCCAACUAAACCACAAGGAGCGGUGUUACCAGCUACUUUAGCUUCUAUGUUGAGCCAAACUGCUGUCGUAACUGUUGCUGCACCAUACAGGACGGUUGUUCCACCUUGCAUAUCAGUGUUAUCCAAGAAUGCCAACUGUGCUGCCGGUGGAAUAGGCAGUAGGCCAUCCAUUGCAAACGCAACAAACAUCGAUACAUUAUUGACUGCUACAGACAGAGACGACAAGAUAAAUACACCUCCAGAGGCUAUUCAAGAUAAAACUGCUUUCAUUUUCAAUAACCUCAGCCAGCUUAAUUUACAAGCGAAAUGUGAUGAAUUGAAAGAAAUAAUAACAGACGAAUAUUUUCCUUGGCUUGCGCAAUAUUUAGUCAUGAAAAGAGCGUCAAUUGAAUUAAAUUUCCACGUUUUAUAUUCAAAUUUCCUAGAUGUACUCAAAUUAAGGGAAAUUAAUAAACUGGUGACAAAAGAAACAUACCGGAAUAUCAGAGUAUUAUUGCGUUCUGACAAAGGCAUAGCUAACUUUUCCGACCGUUCUUUGCUCAAGAAUCUUGGUCAUUGGUUAGGCAUGCUUACCUUGGCGCGUAAUUUACCCAUUCUUCAAGUCGAUCUAGACCUCAAAGCACUUCUACUUGAAGCUUAUCACAAAGGCCAACAAGAGUUAUUGUAUGUGGUGCCGUUUGUAGCCAAGGUCUUAGAAUCCUGCGCUAAGAGCGUUGUUUUCAAACCGCCCAAUCCAUGGUCGAUGGCUCUAAUGAAUGUUCUGGCUGAAUUACAUCAGGAACCAGAUUUGAAACUUAAUUUGAAGUUUGAAAUAGAAGUACUUUGUAAAAACCUCUGUCUUGACAUACAAGACUUGAAGCCUACUCUGUACCUAAAAGAUCCAGACAAAAUAAGAACAAUAGAGUUCCAGCUCUCACAACCCAAACAAAAUAAAGAGCAACAACAACAGCAACAGCCACCGCCGCCUCAACCGCAGCCCAAUGUUAUGACCAUUAAUCAAACGAUAAUUCAAGCUCCGCAAAUACAGAUGAUACCACCACAGACGCCUAUGAUUCCUACAGAGGACAUUUCAGCUGCCGCGCCAACUCCAACUAACGGCUUAGUAAAUGAUCCUACCCUAAUGGGUGUAAUAGGAAUCCCAGAACCCAGAUUUAACUACUUGGAUGUUAAUGUAUCUUCAACUUCAGCCUUUGGGCAGAAGAUUUCGUUCAAUCCGCAUAUAUUGCUUUUCCAAAGCUAUCCGCAUUUGAAGCAAUUUGUGAAACCAGCCAUCGAACGAUCCAUACAAGAAUGGAUUCACCCUGUUGUCGACCGAUCGAUCAAAUACGCUCUGACGACAUGCGAACAAAUAAUAAGAAAAGAUUUUGCUUUCGAUCCCGAUGAAGUACGAAUGCGUACAUGUGCACACCACAUGAUGCGUAACUUGACCGCAGGCAUGGCGAUGAUUACUUGCCGGGAGCAAAUCAUAAAUACGAUCACCACCAAUUUGAAAGCUGCAUUUAUUACUGCUCUAUUACCGACUACACCACAGCAGAAGGACAUAAUCGAAAGCGCCGCAGCCGUUCUCGCAGCUGAGAACAUGGAGUUAGCGUGCGCAUUCAUACAGAAAACCGCCGUUGAAAAGGCGUUACCAGAACUCGACAAACGAUUGCUCAAUGACUAUGAAUUGAGGAAACUGGCGAGACAAGAAGGCAGGCGAUACUACGAUCCGAUCGUCUUGAGCUACCAAACUGAGAGAAUCCCAGAAAGAGUCCGCUUGCGUGUAGGCGGUCCGACAGAAUCACAAAUUGUUGUAUACGAAGAAUUCGCGUGUAACAUCCCCGGCUUUGUGCCGGUGCGUGACGCCGGUAUGUUCAUGCCGAAGCCCUCAUCCCAAGAGCAGAUUCCGCAGAUGACUUACAGCCAAGUCAUUAAUCCGACUCAGCAGAUGUACGGCACCGACGAAAUGGGUGCGCUGAUUUCGGCAGCGGAAAUGUUCCUGAGCAAUGCCCUCUCGGUUCCCUCUUUUGCUGUGCAGGCCACAAACAUGCACACCCUUCUUGAGUGUCUCAUCAUGGCAAGAAGGAAUCGUGACUUUGUUUCUGGAUAUACACUUCUUCAGAGGGCCGUAGAGGGGCUUCUAGACGGUCACAUAGUUCAACCAGGCGCAAGUAACGAGCACGUCGAGAUGAUGACUCGCUACCGUGAUAUUCACCUUCGAGUCCUGAAGCUUCUAGAAGACGCCAGGGUUUACGGGCACGCGUGGACUACGAAACAGAUAACCUGCUGCGUCACAGAAUGUCGCGACGAGCUCAAAUACAACCUGGAAGCGAUAGAUUGUCUUGUGAGAAAUCAUCUUGUUAAUCUACCUCAAUACGAUCUUGCGCUCGCGCACCUCAUGGACAGUGGGAACAAUUACGUGGCUGUAGCGUUUGCGAUGCAACUCGUACAGCUGUACCUCGUGGACGACAGGAACAACAUGUACGCGAACGAGUCGGACCUGUACCACACGACGGAGACGCUGGUGCGCAUGAUGUCGCACUCCCGCAACCCGCCGCCGGAGGGACUCGCGUCUCUCAUUGAAGCCAUCAGAAUUAACCAGGACCCGAGCACGUACUUGGGUGAGCGGUCGCCGCUCGGCCCCACUUCUCAUAUUCACACCGGAAUUAUGCAAGUGCGAAACCGUGAAUACGAUGACCCACCUGGCCUACAAGAGAAAACUGAGAAUCUAUUACGCGAAUGGCGCAACGUUUUACUGAGCCCACUCACUGAAAUUGAAAUAGCACAAAAUUUCAACAUAUAUGUGCAUCGCAUGAAUAUGAAUGGAAUACUCAAAUCGGACGACAUGAUCACAAGAUUCUUUAGAAUUGCGACUCAAAUGUGUGUCGAAAAUGUUUACCAGCUGUUGACUGAGGACAGACUGAACCCUCCGCCUGUGCCUCCAAAGAGGGAGAAAUACUACGCAAUGUGUGACUCCUUCAUAAAAUUGGUGUCUUUGCUAAUCAAGAAUACGGCAGAUGCAGGGAAUCCAACACCAAAGUUGAAUUUGUUGAACAAGAUCCUUGGAAUCAUCGCUGGUUGCUUGUUGCAAGACCAUGAAGAGCAUGGAGCGAAUUUCCAACAGCUCCCGUACCACAGACUGCUACUGAUCCUCUUCCUCGACAUGAACAUGGCUGAACCCGUUUUAGAAUCUAUGAACUAUCAGGUUCUCACCGCAUUCUGCCACACGUUCCGCAUCAUCCGGCCGAGCCUGGCGCCGGGCUUCUGCUACGCGUGGCUCGAGCUGGUCGCGCACCGAUCGUUCAUCAACCGCGUGCUCGCCGUCACGCCGCAACAGAAGGUUUUACUUUUCCAGGGCUGGGGAAUGUAUUCGACACUCCUCAUUGAUCUGUUCAAAUUCUUAGAUCCGUUCUUACGCAAUACAGAGCUCGCCUCCCCGGUAAUGAUGCUCUACAAGGGCACACUGAAAGUGCUGCUCGUGUUGCUUCACGAUUUCCCGGAAUUCCUUUGCGAUUACCAUUACGGGUUCUGCGACGAGAUACCGCCGAACUGUAUUCAGAUGAGAAACCUGAUUCUCUCCGCCUUCCCGCGUAACAUGAGACUGCCCGACCCGUUCACCCCGAACCUGAAAGUAGAUCUGUUGGCUGAGAUCAAUCUCCCGCCCCGCGCCGUCAUCAACUACGCGAACCUCAUCCCGUCGUCGCAGUUCAAGAAGGACCUGGACGCGUACCUCAAGGCGAGAGCUCCGGUCACUUUUCUCUCAGAACUGAGAAGCAAUAUGCAGAUCGUGAACGAGCCGGGCCGCAGAUACAACAGCCAGCUGAUGAACGCCGUGGUGCUGUACGUGGGCACGCAGGCCAUCGCUCACAUCAGGGCGAAGGGCCAGACGCCGAACAUGUCCACUAUAGCUCACUCCGCGCACAUGGACAUCUUCCAGAACUUCACUGUUGACUUCGAUUAUGAGGGGCGCUACCUGUUCCUGAACGCGAUCGCGAACCAGCUUCGGUACCCGAACAGCCACACACACUACUUCAGCUGCUGCCUGCUCUACCUGUUCGCGGAGGCCAACUCGGAGGCGGUGCAGGAGCAGAUCACAAGGAUGCUGCUCGAGAGACUCAUCGUCAACCGACCGCACCCAUGGGGCCUCCUCAUCACCUUCAUCGAACUAAUCAAGAACCCCAUAUAUAAGUUUUGGUCGCACGAAUUCGUCCACUGUGCGCCUGAAAUCGAGAAGUUGUUCGCGUCUGUGGCGCGCUCCUGCAUCGCCGACAAGACGGGUGCCGGCGGGGGAGAACGGGAUCUAGUUGAGUAGCGUCGAGCCAUUUGGGAGUCUGUCCGGUAUAAGCAGUACUUCCAUGGCUUUGCCGAGAGAGGCUCUCAAGAGGCGCAAGCGGAGUCAGCGCCGCAGCCCUCAACGUCCAGCGUCCCCCCGCCCAAAGUGAUGCAUUGGAACAAGCUCUUCAAGAAGUAAACAUUGACCGUGUGCGCGAAGUGCGGCCCGCGACAGGACGCUCGUGGCGCUCGUGCACGUGCCCGCCACACCGCACAUCUCACGCUCAUUCCGAGCUCGAAACAUUGACGCUGAAUUAAUUCCACGACACACAUUAUACCGGCCGAUCGAUAGACAUUUUUAAUAUACGAAAACAGUUUGACGUGCUCUGUGAUAUUUUGGUGACGCGAUAACGUUUAGUGAUUCGUGUAAAGUUGAAUGACUACAUGCCGAUUGCGGUAUAUAAGCUCGGAUCACACUCGUUUAGGUGAUCUGAAUCUAUGCAAUAAUGUAUUUCUAUUCGUCCUACUCGGUUACGCCGUGACGUGGUGACUGAUAUGUGCCCUAAUUCCCUCACUAGAUGUAUUCCCUAUUGAAUGUGUAUGUAUAUAAUGAAACUGAUGCAAUACUUAGCCCAAUAAGCUCUCGUUUGAUUCUUAAGUAGUGGUAAUUAGAAACAAUGUAUUCUUUCUCAAAUAUAUUUCCUAUAAUGCAUGUCUUAUUAAUUAAUGAAUUUGGUACCUAAGUAAUGUUUUAACUUUCCAUAGAAUGAUAUCUAUUUUAUUUUGAAAAUUUUUAAACAUGCAUGCCUCCGAAUAUGAUUUUUUUAACCCGAUGAAAAUAUAUUUAUUAAUUUGGCCUAUUUGCAUUAAAAGUCAAACAUUUCAAUGAUUAUGAAUUUACAACUGAACGUCGGUUUUGAAUUAUAAUGUUUUAAAAACAUAUGUGAUAUUUUAACUGCCGAUGUCUGUGAAUAAUAUACAUACCGAUAAGGCGUUUUGUGCUACACUCGACUCGCGAGGGUGUGCCAGAGAACGUUGUCCAUGUGAUAAGGCCCGAGGUAUACAUAAUAUUUUGGCUCUACGAAUGUUUUAUCGCUUGUUCGACGCAGACUCACUAUGUAUAUGUAAGGGGCUUUGCACGCUUACGCCACGUCUGGAUAAGCAAUGUAUUUCAACUGAUAGUUUUCUAAUAAACGUGAUCUCUGCUACACCCUUGAUCCGGCGUGAUGCCAUCAAUAUUUUUAUCAUAAUUAAAUUUGAUGUUUAGCUCGUGAAUCAUUGUCAAUUGUUUUAUGAACUUAAACAUAACUUGCGCACAUAAGUCAAUGUUUACAGACCGCAAGUCGGUGUGACUGUACGCGAGCGACUGAAGCUGCAUCAAGUUGUCCCCGUACAGAGAGACGGACCUGCGGUAUAUUGUAACAAUAAACUUAGUUUUUUGAACCGUUCGCAUAUAAGUAUAUUUUAAGAUUCACUUGUGUAAUAAUUAGAUAUAGUUGUUCAAGUACUAAUUAUUGUAGAUUUAAUUAAUACUAGCUGCUUGCCGGAGCUCCGCCCGGCUUGAUGAAUUUUUUUUUUUAGACUCAAUUUUUUAAGUUAUUCUAAUCCUAUAGGAAACGAAAUCCAGCGAAUCAAACAUAUUAAAAUCUGUUCAGCUAUUCUUGACUUUCAUAUUGUAGUGUAAUAUGAUUUUGUUUUAUACAUAUAGAUUAAAUUAAAUAUAUUAAGGUACCAAAGCGCGUUGCAUAUUUUAUCCAGGGUUUGAAAGUUGGCUUUUAAAUAUCUUUUAAUGAAAUAUAAAUUUAAAAAAUUCAAACUCAGAUGGUAAGCAGCACGGUUUGUAAAGCGUUUUUUUUUUUGUAAUUUCAUGUAAUAAAAGUGGCGUAUGAUAUGUUCUACGCUGCAACUUGUCGUAAGCCAUGUACUCCAUUUUUUAAAGGUGUUUUAAAUAAAUAUUUUUUUAAUCAAA